UCUCCCACCCGCCCGCCCGGGACGCGCCUCCCUCCCGCAACCCAGUCCUGAGAGCCCCGCGUCUCCGCUGCCUCCUGCUCCCGCCUGGCCGGAUCGGAUCCGAGCCCGAGCAUGGAACCCGGACAGCCUCGGGAGGCCCGUGAACCCGGGCCAGGGGCAGAGACCGCCGCGGCGCCGCGCUGGGAGGAUGCCAAGACUUUCUAUGACAAUCUCUCUCCCAAGAAGAAACCCAAAUCGCCAAAGCCUCAGAAUGCAGUCACCAUUGCUGUGUCCUCCAGAGCCUUGUUCCGCAUGGACGAGGAGCAGAGGAUUUACACGGAGCAGGGUGUGGAGGAGUAUGUACGCUACCAGCUGGAGCAUGAGAAUGAGCCCUUCAGCCCUGGACCAGCCUUCCCCUUUGUGAAGGCCCUGGAGGCUGUGAACAAGAGGCUUCGGGAGCUGUAUCCGGAUAGCGAGGAUGUUUUUGACAUUGUCCUCAUGACUAACAAUCAUGCUCAAGUGGGAGUCCGUCUCAUCAACAGUAUCAACCACUAUGACCUGUUCAUCGAGCGAUUCUGCAUGACGGGUGGGAACAGUCCCAUCUGCUACCUCAAGGCCUAUCACACUAACCUCUACCUGUCAGCUGAUUCGGAAAAAGUGCGAGAAGCCAUUGACGCGGGGAUUGCAGCUGCCACCAUCUUCAGCCCCAGCAGGGACAUAGUUGUGUCCCAGAAUCAACUCCGUGUGGCCUUCGAUGGGGACGCAGUACUCUUCUCUGAUGAGUCCGAACGCAUUGUCAAGGCCCACGGGCUGGACAGAUUCUUCGAGCAUGAGAAGGCCCAUGAGAACAAACCUUUGGCACAGGGCCCCCUAAAAGGCUUUCUGGAAGCCCUGGGCAGACUGCAGAAGAAGUUCUACUCUAAAGGUCUGCGGCUGGAGUGCCCGAUUCGUACUUACUUGGUGACCGCGCGCAGCGCAGCCAGUUCUGGGGCCCGGGCCCUCAAGACCCUGCGAAGCUGGGGCCUGGAGACAGAUGAGGCCUUAUUCCUAGCAGGGGCGCCCAAGGGCCCCCUUCUUGAGAAGAUCCGCCCACACAUCUUCUUUGAUGACCAGAUGUUCCAUGUGGCUGGGGCUCAGGAGAUGGGCACAGUGGCUGCCCAUGUGCCUUACGGUGUGGCCCAGACUCCCCGGCGGGCUGCUGCUGCUGCUGCUAAGCAGACUUUAGGUUCGCAGUAGCUAAGUCACCUUGCUCCGGGCAACCCAUCACACUUCCAGACCUCAUCUGGUGAACUUUCCUGGUUCCUCACUGUCCACCCUCCUGCAUGCCGUCCUCUUCCCUCUGCUCCAAGGAACUUAGGAAGACUGGGCCAGCAUUCUCCAAGUACCUGCUAGCCAAACACUGCAGUGAUCCUGGCUAGGAAAGCAGGACUCUGCAGGGUAGCUUGAAUGUCAUGGAGGAAUUGGUGGGUAGAGAGCGGUAUAGUCAGAGAAGCCAUAAUGCCGAAGGGCUUGGGAUGAAAACUGUCGCAUGUAGUGCAGAGAACAUUGUGUGAGAGAGGGCGGAUUCGGCAUCUAAAGCAGACAGACCUGGCAUAGACUGCAUGACUUAAGUCCCUCUUUUUCGUAAGCCUCAGUUUACCCCUCUCCCUUGUAGGUGGUUUCCAAGCUUGGUUUUACCAGAUUGUGCCUCAAAUGAAUCAUCCUGUGCCGGGGCUGCUAGUACCUAUGGCACCUAUGUAGAUUACAAGAUGACAUUCUGUCUAGGUGAAUGAAUUACAAAAACAAUGGCCCUUCCUCUGGCCUAAGCCUGGACAUAGGCUAGAUUCCAGCCCUUCGCCCCUCAGCCCAUCAAAUGGGAAAUAUGCACAGUUCUGCACAGCAGCCCUGCCUGUAUCUUUCCAUGUUGGGAAACUGCUGCACAGGAUAGCCGGCUGCUUCCUGUGAUUUGCUAUCCUGGGCCAUGGACCAUCAGCUACCGGGUCAAGGUUUGGGGAGAGAAAUGAGAGGAAUGUAGCCCACAUGCAAAUUCUCCUCUAGCCAGCAGGGGGCACUGUAGGCUCCAGCUGGAGUGGGCUUUAGUGGCUUACCAAUUCUGGGUUUCCAUUGCCUUCAGUUUUUAGGGAAAGUUCAGUAGUUCUGCCUGCCAACCUCCUCACACCUCAGUCCCGGGUCUGCCAGUCACCGCCACCUGCCAUGCUGUAAGGAAGCUCUCCCAGCAUCGAAAGAGAGCUCUAGACCCAAAAUUGGAGAAAGCACAGGCCCUAAAGUGAGUGGUUGUCCAGGCUGAGUCUGAGGGCAAGCUGCUGCAGGGAGACGUGGGAAGUGUCAGGUCUGAUCUGAUCUAAGACGCUAAGGACGUGAUGGCUUAGAGAGGGACAAGUUGGACGUGCACCAGCAUGAGUCUACUGUGGGUAGGGGAAAGCCAGUCAGAGCUACCCUGGAGGUGAUGAGCUGUCACUGAGGUGCUGUGCAAAGGAUUCUGGGAUGGGCUGAGCUCCCUGAGAGGUACCAAUGAUGACUCCACCUUUGCACGAAUCCACGCAGCCCUUUCUUCUCCACAUGAUGAGUGAUGGUCACUUCCUCCUUUGCUAAGCAGCCCUGGCACUCAGAGGAAGGACGGAAGAGUGGAUGGUUGGUCCCCUAGGAAGAAGGGGCAAGCAGACAUGUAUUCGUACACUGAGUCCCUGGCUCCCACAGGGAUGCCAGCAAUGAGGAACCCAAAGCAUUAUCAGAGGGCCAGGAGAGGAGCCUGGAGACUGAAGGGCAAUCGGAGACUCUAACCUUUGUCCUUCUAGGCGUUUGACUCAGGAUCUGAAUGAGUACAUGUUCUGGGCAGUGUGUCUCGGGGUAACAGGUUCAGGAAGGAGGACAAAGAAAACUCAGGAGCUCCUGGAAAUGAGUUCCAGCUUGGGCUGAAUGAGAAACACGGGGUUGAGCGUGCAUCUGUGCCUGCAGCGUGGGGACACUGUUCCUGUCUGUGCCUGCAGCGUAAGGACACUGUUCUUGUCUGUGUCUGCAGCGUGAGGACACUGCGUGCGGACACUGUUCCUGUCUGUGCCUGCAGUGUGCAGACACUGUUCCUGUCUGUGUCUGCAGUGUGUAGACACUGCUCUGUCUGUGCCUGCAGCGUGAGGACACUGUUCCUGUCUGUGCCUGCAGUGUGAGGACACUGUUCCUGUCUGUGCCUGCAGUGUGAGGACACUGUUCCUGUCUGUGCCUGCAGUGUGCAGACACUGUUCCUGUCUGUGUCUGCAGCGUGAGGACACUGUUCCUGUCUGUGCCUGCAGUGUGAGGACACUGUUCCUGUCUGUGCCUGCAGUGUGCAGACACUGUUCCUGUCUGUGUCUGCAGUGUGAGGACACUGUUCCUGGAAGGCAGAGAUGAACGUGAGGUAGACAAAGCUGCUUUACAGAGCCAUUGGCAUUGUUGCACCCAGGAGGGCAAGACACAAAGGUGAUUUUGCACAGGGUCAUUUUCGUCAUUACAGCCAGGACCCUUGUGGCCAGCGGAGGAGGCCUCCGGGUAGAACCAAGUCUGUAAGGGGCUUUCUCCACUACUGGUUCUCCACGCCUGGUCAGAGAUGUUGUGUGACCUAAGAACAGCUGCAAGGAAGUGAAGAGGGGGUGAGAGAAGACGCUUAGCCUCAGGGCACUCUCCGUCUUCACUGGAUCACACAGCAGCCUUCUGCUGUGAGGCCAUAGUCACCCCCUUGAAGGGUACCCGCCCAGGCUCACAGUCAGAGGUCACAAGCUUGUACGGAUGUGCAAAGUACAAGGUCACAGAGUGUCUUUAGGCUACCCAGCCAGAAAAGGCCUGUGUACUGUGAAAACAGCACCAGAUGUUGCCAAAUUUGGAUGCUGGGAUGCAUGAGGUCUAUGCCCAGGGCCUGGUCGUGAAUACUGCAAACCCUUCCAGGUCUCUCAGGAAACAGGAAUGGUACUGUGCCAGAAGCAAGAAGAUAAGGUGCUGUAAGAAGCUGUGGGUUUCACUGGAGACACCAUGAGUAGCUACAGACAGCCCUGGGCAGUGCAGAAAGGUCCAAAUUCUAUUACUGAAACCAAAAAUGAGCAUCUCAAGCCUGGACAAAAGCUUUUGGAGCUGGAAUAAAAGGCCAGAAGUCCUGGGGGCAGACUCCGGCUGCAGCCAGACAGUCCUCCUGAUGGACUCAAGGGCCGAAGAGGAGCCUGGCAGCAUGAAGCGUUGUUUAUUGUGUUACCAGGGGAUUUAAAAAACCAGCUGAGCAUCAGAGCUGCAGGCCCAGCCUCAGACCGCAGCACUGGGACAGAAGAAUCAACCGCUCCCAGAACACUGGACCCCUUUAGCUGGAAGCACCACAUCCCUAGGUCUGGCAGAACAUUCCUCCCAGGAAGUGCUUGCCAACAGAGUCCCAGGCCCUGUGGAACUGCCACUCGGCCAGCGGAACAGUAGCUCUGUUUGUUAUUAAGCAUGGAGACUGCUAAGAUCAUCGCUACAGAGCUCCCUUCGGGGGAGGGAGAUGUAGCUGGGCAUCUGGCUCAGUCAGUAGAGUGCUCGCCUACUGAAUGCAAACGCCUAGAUCCAACCCUCAGCAUGGCGUCCGCUAGGUACGAUGGUGCACACCUAGGACUCCAACACCGGAGAGAUGGAGGCAGGAGUCAGGAGGUAAAGGUCAUCCUCAGCUGUGGAGCCAGCCAGUCCAAGGCCAGCCUGGGCUACACGAGACCCCAUCACAAAAAGAAGAAAGCAAACCCUCCCCUGCAUGAGAGCCCAACUACAUGAGUGGGAAUACAGCAGGAUAUUUCCUAAAGAAAACGGAAGCUAGCAAGAAGUUCAAAUCCAAGACAGAUUCGAUGUUGCACCUCUGUUCAAUUGGUGUGGGUCAAAGCGAUGAUUAGAAUGGCAAAGCCCCUCCAUAGCAUGCGGUAAAUAGCCCUUCCCCAAGUCCCUGGGUGUCCCCUUGGUCCUCCACUGGGAAUGCUGCAUCUUCCUGUGAUCCAGCCUGCUUGAGGACAUACCAGCGCUGUGGUCCACGUCUACCCUCUUGAGGUGUCCUGGACAUACUGAUUUGGGGAGCUAUCGUAACUUGCUCAAAGCCACCCAGCUAGUAGGUGUCGGUGCUGGGACGGUCUGAUGCUGAGACCUGGAUGUCCAUCAUUUUCCAUAUAGUGGCGAGGGAAGCUCCAUUCAGAGGCCUUCACUGGAAGAACUCACCUGAAGCCGACUUGUUGAAAAGCUGGGACACACUUGAGCAGGCACGUUUUGCUUAGAGCAUCCUGACUGCCAAGGGUUUAAAUUAGACCCAGACAUGUGCAGUCCCACUAAACUGCUUUUGAACAACUUCAAGCUGUGUGAAACUCAGGUUGCAGAUCUUUGAGUUGAGCUAAUAAAGGCUUUGGCCGUCUAAGGACUCUGAGGCCAAAUUGGAUCCAUUGCCUGUUGUCGUAAAGAAAUGUCUGUAUUGGUUUAUAGAUGCACUGCAGCAGCAGAAUUUAAUGGUACCAACAGAAACUCCAAAGCCAAGAGAAUACCUACUAUCUGACCCUCUUAAGAGAAUAUCUGUUGACCCUGGACCAAGGCAAACACCCUUGGCCCACUGGGACAAACAAGGUUACAUCCUCCUAAGCACUUAAGGACAGAAGUUGGCUCCAUAGCUAAGGGGGAGAAGAGAUAGGGACUUGAUGACUAUCUAAACCUUUCCUGACAUUCAAGGAUUUAAAAUUCCAAGUACUGUAAUUUGCAAUUUGCUUGAUUCAUAAAUUUGACACCAGUCAAACUGAAUUCACCCUGUCAAGCUAAUGGGUGAGAGACCAGGAACAGGACCUUGGCUACGGGUGGCCUUGCUGGCUCUCCACCACCUGUCUCUACAGCUGCGGUCUCAGCUCUCCAUUGGCCUCAUGGGGUCUCUGGAGCCCUGGUGCGUGCUGGUAAGCGGAUGGCUGUGAACCGUAGGCUUGGCAUAAAGUGAAGCGUCCAGUGUUGACUCCAGCCCCUCAGAUCUAGUGAGUCAUCUUCACUCGCUCUCUGAAAACAAGUUCUCAAGGGUCCCCAGAAGGCUUUGGCUCAGAAGAUGCUGAUGGAGUGAAAAGUCGGACUCCACUAAAGGGUGGACGUUUCCUCCAGGUAUGAGGUACAAGCCACAAAGCCACCCUUACAAUCCACUACAAACACGGCAAACUGUCUCACCUACUGCCCUGGUUGACAUCACCAUCCCAUCACGAUAGUCCCCCUUACAAAGCCCAGGCUUGGCCUCAGGUUCUUCAUGCGGCAUUUCAGACACCCUGUCCCAGCUGGAGGAGGCAUGAAGGAUUGCUUUCCAGCAGGCAGGCAUGGUCCUUGAUGUUCCUUCUCUGAUGCUGUGGUGCAGCUCCAAGGAUGCCAGCUUCUCACCUGUCUCCAGCAGAAUCUGAUGAUGAUGAAGAGGAGGAGGAGGACCAUUGGCCCCAUAACUGGCAGCUUCACUGAGCCAGUGCUGGAGACAGUGUCCCAGGUUCUGCCCCUAAGGCAAGGUGCAGAAACCUCUCUUGCCAGUAGGUGGCACUGCAGACUGGCAUUCGGCUGUGCCUGUAGUUUAUGGUUUACUUUUCUCUCCUUCCUCGCUACCGAUUACUGUGCUGGACUCUCAUAAGGACUUCAGGUGCUCUGACAAUGUUUGUGAAACAUCUCUGUAUGAUGAGCCAGCCGACGGCUCUCAUCGGAAACCACUGUGAUGGUGUGUAUGGGGAAACACCUAUGACUAUGUACCACUAUACAGAUUGAGUACACGUUUACAGGUGUGAGUGAUGGCCCAGACUUCUUGGCUGAUGACUCUGUGUGUGCACACAUGUAUGUGUGUCUCUGAGUGUCUGUGUGGAUCACACACACUUGCAAGCUUGGAGUGUGUACAGAUGGUUGUCUCUGUUAUUUGAGGAUCCUGGGCCGCACAGGUGAUGACCAGCAUCACCCCUUGGAACUGGUCCUAGCUACCCCCAUCAUCUCACGGGCAUGCCGCUAGCUGUUCCCAUCAUCUCAUGAGCAUUGCACAUGCCUCACCCGAGGGCCAUGGAGGCCAGAUCUCUCAAGUCUUUCUCUAGUUUUCUGCUUAUGUUCCAUUUCUAUUGCCUCUGAACUCUGUCUCCUACCCCUGUGGCUCUACAGCUUCGGGGAGGAAGUGGCAGAAUAGACCCCAGCUAACUCAAUCUCCACACAUCUCUUCCCUCCUCUAACAGAGCCAGGGUUAAUAUGGUUUGAUUAGGAGCUAAAGGCCACAGCUAGGCAAGCCGACUUUCUUCCUGGCCUCCUGUUCUUUUUUUUUUUUGACAGGGUUUCUCCUGUGUAGUUUUGGUGCCUGCCCUGGAACUCGCUCUGUAGACCAGGCUGACCUUGAACUCACAGAGAUCUGCCUGGCUCUGCCUCCUGAGUGCUGGGAUUAAGGCAUGUGCCUCCACUGCCCAGAGGCCUCCUGUUUUUGCCAGACGUGAUUUACCUCUGAUCUUGACUGGGAAGUGUCUCCCCAAUGAGCCAUACCCCCACACACCCAGGGGCUUUAGAGACUGAAUCAUCUUUGCAAAGUAAGAGCUUCCAUAAGGCAACCCAAAACCCUGCAGGCCAGUGUCUUACACUCCUGGCCAAGGCUGAAUAUGCCUUCUUGGCUGUCAGCCACUAAAUUAGGGCAGAAGUUCAAGGCUAGACUUGUAGCUGACACUGAUCAGAAAAUUGCCAUGGUCAUUGCAAACAUACUGUGUGGGUCAGGGGUCACAAACCCUAUGUCUACAGGAGCCCCACAGGAAACAGAUAGGAGCAAAGGGCAUCAGGCUAAGUUUUGAGAGGGAAAAUGCAUCUAGGGUCCUGUUUAUCCAUCCCUGCAUGUAGAAAUUUGGGCUGGGGGGGCCUGAUGUGCCACAGUGUUUUUUUGUUUUUGUUUUUCCUGAGAAGUUAGAAAUCUGAACUUUCAAAUAUUGGCAACUAUUUCAAGUUUAGAAAACACUGUACAGGCCAAAGGAAGCCUAUCUUGUCGGCUAAAUCUAGCCCUCCAAUCUCUAGUUUGCUCCUACCGGCCCCAGCCCAGGGAACUGGGACGUUUAGACUCAAGUAAUUGAGAUUGGAAGGACAUUACCCUCAGAACCACAGCUUGGGGUCUUUAUGAGACCUUGGAGACGGUGUAGAACAUCCAGUGUUUUUAAAGGCUUGGGUACAAGCUGGAUGUGGGGUGCACACCUGUUAGCCCAGCACUGGAAGCUGAGAUUGAAGGAUGCUAAGUUCAAGGCCAGCCUGGCCUACCUAUCAAGACCCUAUCAAAGCGCAAAACAAAACAAGAACCUGCAUGUCAGUGGCUAUGGUGGUAUAUGCCUUUAAUCCCAACACUCGGGAGACAGAGGUAGGCAGAUCUCUGUGAGUUCAAAAGCCAGUCUGGUCUACAGAGCAAGUUCCAAGACAGUCAGGGCUACGUCGUGAGAUCCUGUGUCAGAACAAAAAACUGAAUGAAUGGGCACAAACUUCAUUUUUAAAUGAACACACCUAUAACCUUAACUUCCAAUUUCCUUUUUCAAUAGUGUCCUAGUGUCCCCUAUUUAGAACAAAGUCAAGAACGAAGCCGUAACUCCUAAAGGGUGUGCUGACCCACCUAGCAGUAGCUUUCUGCUUACCUCUAUUCGCCGCCGCCCUGGGCUCCUUCCCCUGACCCCUCUGGCUUGCUGUUCUUCAUAAACCCCCAAGUGCCUCCUUGGAGAGCUAGAGCAUGAGCUCCUUUGUCUAUGUGACCCCUCCCCGGGACCAGAGUGGGCACACACCUUUCUUAGCGCCUCGCCAUAGCCUACUUGUGGCACAUCAGUGGCUCCGGCUCUGCCCACUCGUUUUCCUGGUCACGUGACAACGGGUGCUACAUGCUUAUUACUGUGAGUCCUUCCCCUCAUGCUAGUCCUAUGCCUUCAUUUACAAGGGCUUCUGCUUCUUAAAAGCCAUCCAAAUAAAUAGCCAUUCAAAUGUA